GAUUGUUUUGGUUGGGUUUUGGCUCAAGCUGGAAAGCUAGAGCAUUUGGAGAAAACUUGAGAAGUGUGUUCAAUUUCGAUAUUUUUCACGCUGGCUUGUAGAGAAAGAAAAGAAUGUUACAUUGAAUCGGAAGGAGCAGUACAGUGACGGAGAAAGUUGCUGAAGGUCUGGAACCCUAAACAGCUUCUCUUCAGCUGACUCGAUCUGGACUUAAACUCCAGGGAAAUAAAGGUGGCAGGAGGCGAUUUCGUUGAUAUUUUCUCAAAAUGACUCAAGAUGUUGAGAUGCAAGAUCACACAACUCCUUCGCAUUCCGUCUCUUCAGCUGUUCCAUCUACUUUGCAGCAUUUAAAGGAGAUAGCGUCACUCAUUGAGACCGGUUCGUACUCUAAGGAAGUUCGUAGAAUUGCUCGUGCUGUUCGCCUUACAAUUGCGUUGAGGCGCAAAUUGACAGCAUCGGCGCUCUUAUCCUUUAUCGAUUAUGUUGCUUGUCCGGGUUCUGAACCUCACGCCAGAUUCUCUGCCUAUCUUCCCGAGGAAGAUUGUCAUCAGAUGGAAGUAGAUAAUGCAACACCUACUGUUCAAUCCUCAGCUAAGCACUUAUUGCCCGAGAUGGAGAUGUACUGUUACUUGGUCAUACUACUUUUUCUGAUUGAUCAGAAGAGAUAUAAGGAGGCCAAAGUUUGUUCCUCAGGAAGCAUUGCCCGGGUGAAGAGCCUUAACAGAAGGACUGUUGAUGUUAUUGCGUCCAGAUUGUACUUCUAUUAUUCAUAUAUCUAUGAACUCACAGGAGAUCUUGCAGAAAUUCGGGGUAACCUUCUUGCAUUGCACCGGAUUGCCACCCUUCGCCAUGAUGAGCUUGGUCAGGAAACACUUCUUAAUUUGUUGCUCCGUAACUAUCUCCACUACAAUUUAUAUGAUCAGGCGGAGAAGUUGAGAUCUAAGGCGCCCCAGUUUGAGGCACAUUCAAACCAGCAAUUCUGUCGAUAUCUCUUCUACCUUGGGAAAAUUCGGACAAUUCAGUUGGAGUACACUGAUGCAAAAGAGUCCCUCUUGCAAGCUGCUCGAAAAGCUCCGGUUGCAGCACUUGGUUUUCGAAUUCAGUGUAAUAAGUGGGCUGUGAUAGUGCGUUUGUUGUUGGGAGAAAUACCUGAGAGGACCAUCUUCAUGCAGAAAGGAAUGGAGAAAGCUUUGAGACCUUACUUUGAGCUUACAAAUGCUGUUCGAAUUGGAGACCUGGAGCUAUUUAGGAAUGUUGCGGACAAGUUUGCUGCUACUUUCAGUGCUGAUGGAACUCAUAAUUUGAUUGUUAGGUUGCGUCAUAAUGUCAUCAGGACUGGUUUACGAAACAUAAGCAUUUCUUAUUCACGUAUCUCGCUUGCUGAUGUGGCACAAAAAUUGAGGUUAAACUCUGCAAACCCCAUCGCAGAUGCUGAGAGCAUUGUAGCCAAGGCCAUCAGAGAUGGUGCAAUUGAUGCUACUUUGGACCAUCGUAAUGGGUGGAUGGUAUCGAAGGAAACUGGAGAUGUAUACUCCACUACUGAGCCUCAAUUGGCUUUUAAUACUCGUAUUGCCUUCUGCCUUAACAUGCAUAAUGAGGCCAUCCGGGCACUGCGUUUCCCGCCAAACACACACAAUGAGAAGGAAAGCGCUGAAAAGCGCAGAGAGAGGCAGCAGCAGGAGCAAGAAUUAGCUAAGCACAUUCAAGAGGAGGAUGAUGAUGAUUUCUGAUUUCUGAUAAUGACUGUUCUAUUCAUCUCAGUUGCGGUCAUGGUCUUCAUUUCUAACUCUGCUCUUAUUUCUCCUUUGGAUGACGUCCAUAACAUUUUUCAUAACAUGGAAGGUGGAAUUCUUUUUCUUGAUUGAUCACUGUUUGCUUCCAUUUAUUGUGAUAAACUUAUCUCUGAAACUUAUUCAAUUUGCCUUGGUCUUGUGGCAUUAUUGA